UCGCCCCCUUUCCCUCCAUUUGCUCGGACCCCAUCCCCUCUUCCUCGCUCCCCUCCUCCUCCUCCGCUCGAAUGGAGGCCUCGCUCUGCUACUCCCCCUCCUCAAAACACCCUCCUCCUCUGCUCCCUUCCCUCUCCUCCCGAUCCCGAUUCCAAACCCAAACCCUAACCCUAACCCUCCCCAAAUCCCGGCUACCGUCGUCGUCGCCGUCCCGCCGCGCCGCCCCCUCGAUCCGCGCCGCCAUUAGCCGCGCGAAGAAGGAGGCGACGGUGGAGGCGGUGAGGAAGGAGCUGGAGAACUGCUACCUCCUCGCGGGGAUCCGGUACAAGGGGCUGACCGUGAAGCAGCUCCAGGAGCUCCGCGGCGCCCUCCCCGAGUCCGUCAAGCUCCUCGUCGCGAAGAACACCCUGGUGGGCAAGGCCAUCGAGGGCACGCCGUGGGAGGCGCUCAAGCCCUGCAUGAGCGGCAUGAACGCGUGGCUCUUCGUCCACACCGAGGAGAUCCCCGAGGCCCUCAAGCCCUACCGGAGCUUCCAGAAGGAGCGCAAGCUCGACGACAACGACUUCACCGGCGCCGUCUUCGAGGGCCGGUUCUACGCGCCCGACGAGUUCAAGGCGCUCGAGACGAUGCCCAGCCGCGCGGAGGUGUACGCGAAGCUCCUCGGGGCGCUGCAGGGCCCCGCCCUCUCCCUCGUCACCACGCUCCAGGCCCCCGCCAGGGACGUCGUGCUCGUGCUCAAGGCCUACGUCAAGAAGCUCGAGGACGAGGGCGAGGCCGCCGCACUGCAGUAACAGCCCCGUGAAGUUGCCAUUCACGGAUCUUGAAUCAUCAUCUGGAAAUGUGAUUGCAUUAAUUUGAAUUCUUUGAAUGGAGCUUUCGGAAUCAAGCAAAGAGUUACCCACCCAUGAAUUUAACAAUUUAACAAAAAAAUGUUCUUCUUCUGUAAAAUGCUUUAAGAAUUGCACUGCACAAUGGGCUGGCUAUAGGAUGUUGUCUAUUAGAAGAAUUGCACAUGUAUCUUAGUGGUGAUAUCUUCAAAUAAGCCAUGGGAACGGCACAACAAUCAAUCAACUUAAGAAGGCACAAGUAUCGAACUUAUAUGAUAAAUACCCGGACAAAAAAAAAAAAAAAAAAAAUGU